AUGUUCAGUAAUAAGCAAUCGUCUGGAUUUGUUGAUGACUGGCAGUCGGGGAAGACUGUCACUGAGUGUAAUCUGCGCAUGCUCGACACAGAAGACUUCAGUGACGUCAUCUUCCGGGUUGGGUCAGUGAAGCAGAUGGUCCGAGCCCACCGCUACGUUCUUGUCAGUCGCAGCUGUGUCUUCCGUGCCAUGUUCUGUGGUAACCUGGCAGAGGAGAAGGAGGUGACCAUCCCUGACAUAGAGCCGCACAUAUUUAGAGAGUUCUUAAGGUUUGUAUACACAGAAAAGGCAGAUGUCAGCGCUGGAACAGUUGUGGGAUUAAUGUACACAUCCAGGAAAUAUUCUGUAGAUGCAUUGUACAACAAAUGUGUAAUAUUUAUGGAGACAUGUCUGUCAGAGAACAAUGUCUGUCUGAUCCUUGAAGACAGCCAUCGUUACGGGGAGUUUGACUUGGAAAAGAAAGCCCUGAUGAUCCUGACUGAAGGAGGGGAGAGAGUCAUCAGAUCUCCAGGAUUUGCAGAGCUGUGCAGUACUUGUCUGGAGAAGUUCCUUAAGUCGGAGAAUUUGAAAUCAAAAGAAGAAGACAUUUUUGAGGCGAUAAUGUCAUGGACAAAACACAGAUGUCUGCAAGAAGGUAUGCCCGACACACCUGAGAACCUACGGAGACUUCUUGGUGAUAUGCGGUAUGAGAUCCGGUUUAACAGCAUGCCUCUGGACUAUCUCAUGACAGUUGUAGGUCCUACGGAAGUGCUGACUGACAUUGAGAAAUGUCAAAUGAUAGACAAAAGGGUAAACUCUCAUAUCGACAUCUCUCCUUUCAAGGAUAUACAGAGGAAAGAAUGUAACCAUUUUUGGGAGGAGCCUGUAUCGUAUAGGUAUGUUUGCAGGUUUAGAGAUUAUGGGCUUACAGCUCUGCACAAGGGAACACAUGCGAUAUCGUUUUCAGCAAAUCAGGAUCUUCACUUGAAAGGUUGUCAAUUAUAUGGCGCAGAGCGUGAUGAAACGUUUACCCUGAGUAUAAAAGUGUUUGACAGCAGUCAUUUGAAGAUUGCUGAACCAUUGCAGAAAAUAAAGCGAGUCCUUGAAGGCCAGAAUCAGCCAAACGAGGUUCUGUUCCCCACGUCUCUCUUACUGAUCUCGGGUGCAACAUAUACUCUGUGUGUGGACAUGGAGGGAACCGACACAUACAUUGGAUGGGAGGGUAGCAAGAAAGUAAUAGCUGAUGGAAUAGAGUUCACCUUCGAAAACUCCCCCAUGGCAACGUCGGGAACAACAAUUUACGCAGGACAGAUACCUGGAUUGAUAUUUAGCCACACGUCACAUGCGUUAACGCUAUGUUGCUGAUUACUGUGCGGGAAAUACUCUUUUGUACUUGCUUUACUUUGUCCACACUCAUCACUGCUAAGAAGAAAAAGGCUUCGGAGGCUAUAUCGGUAUUUUAUGAUCCUGUGAUAAUCGCAGCGUCUUCUUUGGAAUAUUAAGGACAACAGAAAGAGGAAAUGUAUGUAACAACCUGAACGAGCAUCAUCACUGAAAACAACACUGACGUGUAUAGGACGUAAUGAAAUCAUUGAAAUACUCGAUCUGUGAUAUCAGUAUUCCCUGCACUCUCGCACUCACAGACACUCUCUCCUUCCGAAAGCAUUCAACGUGAGCUAUAUGUUGAAUGGAAUAAGUACAACUGACAAUAGCGCCCUUUCCUUACGUGUUUAACAUGACCCGUAUGUUACACCUCCCUAGGUACAAUACUCAAUAGCGCCUCUCUUCACUUAUUCAACACGAACCUACGCUCUGUAGGUAAAUUUACUCAAUAGCGCCCCUCCUUAAGCAUUCAACAUAAACUGUAUGUUGCUGUGCUAUAGGUAAAUGUACUCAAUAGCGCCUCUCCUUAAGCAUUCAACUUAAACUGUAUGUUGCUGUGCUACAGGUAAAUUUACUCAAUAGCGCCCCUCAUUAAGCAUUCAACUUAAACUUAUGUUGCUGUGCUAUAGGUAAAUGUACUCAAUAGCGCCUCUCCUUUUAGCAUUCAACUUAAACUGUAUGUUGCUGUGCUAUAGGUAAAUUUACUCAGAUACGCCCCUCCUUAAGCAUUCAACUUAAACUUAUGUUGCUGUGCUAUAGGUAAAUGUACUCAAUAGCGCCUCUCCUUAGGCAUUCAACUUAAACUGUAUGUUGCUGUGCAAUAGGUAAAUUUACUCAAUAGCGCCUCUCCUUAAGCAUUUAACUUAAACUUAUGUUGCUGUGCUAUAGCAAAAUUUACUCAAUAGCGCCUCGCCUUAAGCAUUUAACUUCAACUGUAUGUUGCUGUGCUAUAGGUUAAUGUACUCAAUAGCGCCUCGCCUUAAGCAUUCAACUUAAACUGUAUGUUGCUGUGCUAUAGGUAAAUGUACUCAAUAGCGCCUCCCCUUAAGCAUUCAACUUAAACUGUAUGUUGCUGUGCUAUAGGUAAAUGUACUCAAUAGCGUCUCGCCUUAAGCAUUCAACUUAAACUUAUGUUGCUGUGCUAUAGGUAAAUGUACUCAAUAGCGCCCCUCCAUAAGGCAUUCAACUUGCACUUAUGUUGCUGUGCUAUAGGUAAAUUUACUCAAUAGCGCCCCUCCUUAAGCAUUCAACUUAAACUGUAUGUUGCUGUGCUAUAGGUAAAUUUACUCAAUAGCGCCCCUCAUUAAGCAUUCAACUUAAACUUAUGUUGCUGUGCUAUAGGUAAAUGUACUCAAUAGCGCCUCUCCUUAGGCAUUCAACUUAAACUGUAUGUUGCUGUGCUACAGGUAAAUUUACUCAGAUACGCCCCUUCUUAAGCAUUCAACUUAAACUGUAUGUUGCUGUGCUAUAGGUAAAUGUACUCAAUAGCGACUCUCCUUAAGCAUUCAACUUAAACUGUAUGUUGCUGUGCAAUAGGUAAAUUUACUCAAUAGCGCCUCGCCUUAAGCAUUCAACUUAAACUGUAUGUUGCUAUGCUAUAGGUAAAUUUACUCAAUAGCGCCUCGCCUUAAGCAUUCAACCUAAACUGUAUGUUGCUGUGCUAUAGGUAAAUGUACUCAAUAGCGCCUCGCCUUAAGCAUUCAACUUAAACUUAUGUUGCUGUGCUAUAGGUAAAUGUACUCAAUAGCGCCCCUCCAUAAGGCAUUCAACUUGCACUUAUGUUGCUGUGCUAUAGGUAAAUUUACUCAAUAGCGCCCCUCCUUAAGCAUUCAACUUAAACUGUAUGUUGCUGUGCUAUAGGUAAAUUUACUCAAUAGCGCCCCUCAUUAAGCAUUCAACUUAAACUUAUGUUGCUGUGCUAUAGGUAAAUGUACUCAAUAGCGCCUC